AUCGUCUUGAUGCUGCGCAGACGCACUGAAGGAGAAACAGGGGAACUGAAUUCUCCGGAGCAAGUCUCAAGGAGUAAACAUGACGGAAGAAACGGUCAAAAACGGUCAAGGGUCCGAUGACAACAUGACAACGACUGAAUACUGCAAGCGGCUGCAGCAGUGGAUGUGGCGCUAUUACAGUGGUUAUGUGAGCUGGCAGAGCUGGGUGCUCAUGUCCCCGCCGCUCUUUCCUCCGCCUCAAUUCGGUUGCCAGGCACCCGGCCGCAGCUCCACAUCUGCGUGUGCCGCGACGCCCGCUGACAUCGCCGCUUGGUAUAACCAGAUGAGCAGCCCACCAUCCAUCCGUCCAGCAGCCACUGCCUCCUCCAGCACUGCUGAGAGAGGACCAGCACAGCCUGCAGGUAGAGAGUACACCAUCCCCUCCCCUCUCCGUAGAUUUCUGGCUGAAACUGUGGAUUUCUUCAUUCUCUUCUGUUUUAAGGCAACCAUAGUGUUGUGGAUCAUGCAUCUCAGUGGAAUGAAAGAUAUCUCCAAGUUCAUGAUGCAGUUUAUCGUGGAAGAGAUUGAUGAGAACACGUCACUGGAGGACCUGCAGAAGAUGAUGGUCGUGGCUUUAGCAUACAGAGUCCUAGUGUGUGUCUAUGAAAUCAUCUGUAUUUGGGGAGCUGGAGGUGCCACUCCGGGAAAGUUCCUGCUGGGGCUUCGAGUCGUCACAUGUGAUACGACAGUCCUAGUGCAGCCGAAUCGGGUUUUGGUGGUACCGGCAUCCAGUGUCAGCUUCUCUGCCUCCACUGUACGGGCUUUAAACAAAAACUUCUCCAUCGCCUUCCUGUUCCCUAUCUUUAUCACGUUACUAUUUUUCCAGCACAACAGAACUGUUUAUGACGUUGUGGCUGGAACCAUUGUGGUUCAGAGGAGAAGAGCCAGAUGACCAGCCUGUGUGUGUCAAAAUCAUGUCUAAUAAUAUCCAUAUAGUAUUUCCUGCAGAUUUGCACUAAUGAUCCAUGUAUUAAAGUCUGAUCACAUAGCUAUUGUUUACAGCACUGAGAAAUAUCUGCUUUCUUAGAAAAGUGAUCCCUCAACAGACAGUAUUUAAUGUUGAAUGAUGAGUGAUAUCAAGCUCAAGACACGUGUUUUA